AUCGUUGUCUGUAUAUACUAAGCGCCGACAACUACUGGCCAAACAGUCAACGAUUAGACAUCAAUCGCGGAUAGAAAUAUCUAACCGAAAGUCUAAUACUAAUAGAAAAUCAUGUAUUCAAUGGAUAACUAGGGCUCACAUGUUUGAUGUGGACAUUGAAUACUUGAAACAAAGAUAUAAGUAUAGUUGUAUUUUUUUGUUGGGUAUCAACUAUGCCGACAAUCAGGAAAUUAAUUCGUCCGGUGCGGCAGUCAUUGUGGAUACUGAAGCAAAUAUUGCCGUAACCAAUGCUCACGUAGUGGCCGGUUAUGAUCAUAUGUUUGCCUAUACAUGUUUUCAGGCGCAGACCAAACAAUUGCCGGAACAGUCGACCGUCGAAAAGACAGAUAUGUUGGUGGCCCAAGUGAUAUAUAUUGAGAAUCACCUGGAUCUGGCACUUUUACAGCUAAUAGAGUUGGCCGAUCUUAGCCAACUUUUGCCAAUUAUGCCGCUAGUCGACCGUCCACACGAACUGGGCGAACAGGUAGCCAUUUUGGGUCACGGUGCUGGCCAAUGGUGGAUAGUCAUUGUCGGCUAUAUUACUACAAACACACCAUUUGAUACGAUAUCGGAGACACAGUAUGUACCGUUGGGUAGUAUAUUAGAUAAAUCUGAAUCGUUUGUUUUGCAUCAAUCAAAUACAAUUCCCGGUACGUCCGGUGCGCCUAUAGUUGACGCCAAACACAGGAUUAUUGGAAUUAAUUCGGGAAUAUUAGAGUUGUCUAACAAACCUAAAAUCGGUACCCAUAGUAAAACUGUAAACGCAUUUCUCGGAAGAGCCGGUUCUUAUGUUCGGUCAUAUGAACGGGAUAUCGAAAAAUUCAAUCGAAAUCAACACUAUUAUCCAAAAAGUGAUUAUCAAUUGGGUAUUGUUUUAUCAAAAAAUACUGAUAUUAACACCGAUUUUAUGGUCGUCGAUGUUAUUGACAAACGCAUGACUGUACUUCAGAUCAAUGAUAUGAUACUUGAAAUCAAUGGCCAACCGUUUACCGAUAUUAACCAAAUGACUGAUGCCAUCAAUAGUUUUGGUGUUGAAAUUAUUUUGAAUAUCAAUCGCAUCAAUAAUGUAAUGCCAGUGAUAGUCAAUAGUUUUGAUUACGAAAGUACACGUAUGCCACAAAUGGUUUAA